AUGCCUCAGCUCGGAGCCCGGAAAGGUCAAAGAGCCGUCAGAAUCUCAAUCGGUGCAGGCUAUCGACAUAUCGAUGCAGCCUGGAUCUACGGCAACGAGCAGGAGGUUGGCGAGGGAAUCAAGGCUGGCAUGCGCGAGAACAAUCUCAAGCGAUCAGACCUCUGGAUCACGUCCAAGCUCUGGAACAUCUUCCAUGAUCCGAAGCACGUCAAGGGUGCUGUUCAAGAGUCUCUCGCCAAGCUUGGAGUUGACUACCUGGAUCUCUACUUGAUGCACUGGCCCGUAGCAUUCGAGUAUCAAGGCAACGACAAGCCAGCACCGAGGAAUGAAGCGGGCAAGACUGCAGUCGACAAGGCCUUGACCGAUGACCCAAGCCCAACUUGGCGUGCCAUGGAGGAGCUUGUGGAAAGCGGCCUCGUUCGCAACAUUGGCAUCAGCAACUUUUGUCCCUCUCGCAUUGAGCAGCUCCUCAAGUCUGCCAAGAUCACGCCAGCCGUAAACCAGGUCGAGCUGCACCCAUACCUUGCUCAGCCAAAGCUGCUCGAGUACUGCAAGGAAAAGGGCAUUCACUUGACUGCUUACUCGCCGCUUGGCUCGCAAGACAGUGACUUGCUGCAGGACAAGACUGUCUUGUCCAUUGCAGAGAAACACGGUGUCGAUGCCGGUCGUGUGCUCAUUGCAUGGGGUUUGACGCGAGGCACCAGUGUGAUUCCCAAGUCAGUGACGCCGUCUCGCAUCCGCAAUAACUUCCAGGCACAGGACGUCAAGCUCUCUGAAGAAGACCUCGCAGCCCUCGCCAAGCUGGACAAGGCCCAUCGAUUUGUCAACCCUCGAUGGGGCCUCGACAUUUACCGCGACGGCGAAUCCAAAUUGUAG